AAGUUGUGAGGCGGGCGGGAGGAAGUGGGGAGAGAGGACUUGGGGCUGCACCGGAGGCCGUGCCCCGCGGAGGUCCCAGGUGACCCCCAGGAAGCCCCCGCGGCUGCCGAGGAGCCGAACGCCUUCAUGAAAGGAGGGACCUGCUCGGAAGUUCGCUGCUACCUGAGCCCGGAGCUCAAGCGUCGGGUCCCGCAGCCUUUCCCCGGCGCGCGGUGACUCUGGUGGCCGCGUCCGCGCCCCAGCCAUGAGGAUCCGGAUGGCCCUGAGGUGGACGUGGGCAGGCAAAAGCUGCCUGCUGCUGGCGCUUCUCACAGUGGCCUACCUCCUGAUGGAACUCUCCGUCUCCACUUUCCAUGUCUCCUUGCGAGUCGGCGGUGCCCGCGAGCCGGGGUCAAGACAGCUCUCCGAGCCAGGGAAGAAAGCAGUGGAUUUGUCUCGGCCGCUAUAUGAGAAGCCCCCUGCAGAUUCCCAUGCCCUUGGGGAGUGGGGGAAAGCCAGCAAGCUCCAGCUCAGCGAGAGUGAGCUGAAGCAGCAAGAGGAACUCAUUGAGAGAUAUGCCAUUAACAUUUACCUCAGUGACAGGAUUUCCCUGCACCGCCACAUAGAGGAUAAGAGAAUGUAUGAGUGUAAGUCCAAGAAGUUUAACUACAGGAGACUUCCCACCACUUCCGUCAUCAUCGCUUUCUAUAACGAAGCCUGGUCGACCUUACUUCGUACCAUCCACAGUGUUUUGGAAACUUCUCCCGCAGUCCUUCUGAAGGAGAUCAUCUUAGUCGAUGACUUGAGCGACAGAAUAUAUUUGAAGACACAGCUGGAGACUUACGUCAGCAAUCUGGAUAGAGUCCGCCUGAUUAGAACAAACAAGCGGGAAGGGCUGGUGAGGGCCCGUCUGAUUGGGGCCACUUUUGCCACUGGCGACGUCCUCACUUUCCUGGAUUGUCACUGUGAGUGUAAUACUGGCUGGCUGGAGCCACUUUUGGAAAGGAUUCAUAAGGAUGAAACAGUGAUCAUUUGUCCUGUUAUAGACACCAUCGACUGGAAUACUUUUGAAUUCUAUAUGCAGACUGGGGAGCCCAUGAUAGGUGGGUUCGACUGGCGUCUAACCUUCCAGUGGCAUUCUGUCCCCAAACAUGAGAGGGACAGGCGUAAGUCGAGAAUUGAACCAUUCAGAUCGCCCACCAUGGCUGGAGGACUGUUUGCAGUCAGCAAGAAGUAUUUCCAGUACCUUGGAACUUAUGACACUGGGAUGGAAGUGUGGGGAGGUGAAAACCUGGAGCUGUCUUUCAGGGUGUGGCAGUGUGGAGGUAAACUGGAGAUCCACCCAUGUUCCCACGUGGGCCACGUAUUCCCUAAGCGGGCCCCAUAUGCUCGGCCCAAUUUCCUGCAGAAUACUGCUCGAGCAGCGGAAGUCUGGAUGGACGAGUACAAGGAGCAUUUCUACAAUCGAAACCCUCCAGCAAGGAAAGAAGCUUAUGGCGAUAUUUCUGAAAGAAAAUUACUACGGGAAAGGCUGAGGUGCAAGAGCUUUGAUUGGUAUUUGAAAAAUGUGUUUUCGACUUUGCAUGUUCCAGAGGAUAGGCCAGGCUGGCAUGGAGCUAUUCGCAGUAUUGGGAUCUCUUCUGAAUGUUUAGAUUAUAAUGCUCCUGACAACAACCCCACAAGUGCUAACCUUUCCCUAUUUGGAUGCCACGGUCAAGGAGGCAAUCAAUUCUUUGAAUAUACCUCCAACAAAGAAAUAAGGUUUAAUUCGGUGACGGAGUUAUGUGCAGAAGUUGCCGAGCUAAGAAAGCAUGUGGGAAUGCAGAAUUGUCCCAAAGAUGGGUUUCCUAUCCCAGCAAACAUUAUUUGGCAUUUUAAAGAAGAUGGAACUGUUUUUCAUCCCCACUCAGGACUGUGUCUCAGUGCUUACCGGACACCCGAGGGCCGGCCCGAUGUUCAGAUGAGAACUUGUGAUGCUCUGGAUAAAAAUCAAAUCUGGAAGUUUGAGAAAUAGAUGAGCAUAACAGCACUUUGGUCCGGAACUGACAAUAGCUUCAGGGGAGUCAGCCUGCAGAGAGGCUCAGUGAAGAUUUAUUUCAUCAGCAUUCACCCAGUGGUCAUCUGCAAGAGCUCUGUAGAAGCGGUGGAGCAUUUUGGUUAAAACAAAACACUGAACCUGGGUGCGCAGAGAGCUGUUGUUUAAUAUUUUAAAGUGCCUUACUUGGGGGUUGUUUUAUUUAAGAGCUUUGUCAAUAUGUUCUCUUACUUCUUAAAGAAGUCGACUCGGCUGUGACUUGAGAUACACAAAACAUUUAAGUGCCAGACUUAAUAUUAAAGAAUAUAAAAGUCCAAGCAAAAUGAGGGAUGAUUUAUGUUGAUGGGUAAGUCCACUGCACAUCUCAUUAAAAAGAAAAAACAAAAAAACUCAGAAAUGUGCAGUUCAAGCUGUUGCUAUUUUUGUUGUACAUAGAAUUUGAAUUUCCUUUAGUCAGCAUGUGAAAUUUUAGGUUUUGUUUAGUUUUUUAAUUCUAAUUUUCUGUUACUCAGAUAGAAAUCAAGGAAAGUUACUCUUCAGGAGAAAGGCCUGGUUUAGUUAUAUUGUCACUGGAUGUGAAUUGGAAUUGAGUUUAAAGGUCUUCCUAACACAGACAUCUCAGAAAAAUAUACCCACAUCUGAAUGAAAUGGAAACCAUUUACAUUCCACACUUUACCAGCUUGAGCUAUUAGACUUAACUGCUCUAUGUUGAUACCUCAAAUCGCUCUGAUUUCGUAAGCUGUCCUCUCUGUGAACUUGUGUGUGUAUAUGGGGUAUUUUCUGAUUGCACUUCCUUCAACUUUGAAUGUAUCAGAGAGGGACUCAUUCAGAAUACUGUGCUUCUCUUUGUUAAUGCUUAAUCACUUAAAGUAAAUGCUUAAUAAUCACUUAAAAUAAACACAAUAGAGGCCAACUGUGUUUACUGAAACGUGUGAAACUGAAAGUGGGCCCUGUUUGACAAAGUCAGUGCAACUCUCCUACAGAGUUCUUGCUGAUGAGGACUUUUAAGGGUUGAUCUUAAAGAUUUUCCAAGGGGAAGGAUAGCUCUCUGCAAUGGUAGAUGGGGCCUUCCAGCUUCUUUUCUGCACAGAGCCCCAGGCCUGGUGCUUAGAUAGCUGUCAGUAAUUGUGGGUGAAUGAAUGACUGGCUGAAUGAAUGGCUCAGCCAAACAAUGUGACUUUGGUAAGUCCUGUGAUUAAAUGACUCCUUUUGGGCCUCAGUUUCCUCAUCUGUAGAAUGUGGGUGCUGGAGCAGGUCUUGAAGAUUCCCUCCAGCUCUGGAAUGUCAUGCUUGUACAUUCAGCGACCUUGCAAUCUCUACAACACUUUUAUCUCCUCCCUGCUAACGUAGAUAAUAUUGUUGAGCAAUGGUCAUUCCAGGUAUGAAGCUGGAAAAAAGAAAUGAUUUUUGAAAAUUAAGUGAGCUGAGCUCAACUGAAGUGGUUUAUUUUGGAUUGAGUGGAAAGUUGUGGCCAGUGUUUGUAUUCAUUUUAUUUUGAGAAUUGCUGAACCAAUUUUGUUUUUUACUCUUUAAUCUUUCAAACUCUGAAAGGAAUCUUUUGGGUUAAGAAUAUUAAUAUUUUCCAAACUAAUUUAUGUGAGAAGUAAACAUACUUUUAAAAAGUUACUUUUACUGUUUUUAUUCCCAUGUUAUAUCCAGAAAUCAAUCACAGGCUGAAUUCAGAAUUAAAUCUUAAUUAGUUCAUUUUGGUGUAGAUUUGUGAAAAAGGCGUGCUCCGUAAAGGAUCAGUCCACAGUACUCAGAUGUUGUUUUUGGUGUCUACUUGAUUACUUGGAGAGUAGGAACUUGGCAAAAUCUAAAUUUAAGAAAAGUUUUUAGAAUAACCUUUUCAAACAGUAAUAUUGCUUUGUAUAUUUUGUUUCUCUUUUGUUUCUUAAAAUAAAAAUGUGUUAAUAAUUUUCAUAUGUUAUGUAGCAAAGAAUGGGUUAGAUUCUAUGUGCAAUGUGCAUGACCUUGGGUAAUUUAGGAAGAAUUAGUAAUAGUGCUCUGAAUUGGUUAAUUGGCAGCAAAUAUUCUCCUAAACCCACCCUCCCCCCUUACUCAAUCUGCCUUUUGGUUUUUAAAAAUCACUUUUCUCUUUUUAUUUAUUUUUCUUGUUCUUCUUGCAUGCUCAGUCGCUUAGUCAUAUCUGACUCUUUGUGACCCCAUGGACUGUAGCCGUUCAGGCUCCUCUGCCCAUGCGAUUUCCCAGGCAAGAACACUGGAGUGGGUUGCCGUUUCCUUCUCCAGGGGAUCUUCCCAACCCAGGGAUUGAACCUGUGUCUCCUGUGUUGGCAGGUGGUUGUUCUUCUUAGCCCCCUAUCAGAUGGGAGCGCUAAGAUUGAUAUAUUCUAGAUGUAUUUAUUGGAAUUUUUUACCUUAGAAUCUUUCUGCUCUCAUCAAAAGCAAAAGGGAGCAUUGAAAAGCAAAGCACUGAAUUCUUUAUUUACCUUUUGCCUAAAUUGCAGGGUGUGACCCAUUCAUCUUUUUGGAAGAAAUUUUAGGCUCGUGUUUUAUUUAUAUCAGUAAUUCAGAAUAAGCGGGUGGUUCAUUCUUCAUAAUAAUGUAGGUAAUAGAAGAAUGAGACUUUCACAUUUUCAUAUGUUGGCAUUUCCAAUUUAAUUCCUAAAAUACACUGUAAAACUACAAGGUAUAUUUUGAUUUCUUACUUCUAAUUUAUUGGUACCAAAGCUCUUUUGCUGUAUAUAAUUAACAGAUCUUUUAAGUUAAUUUACAUGUUUAAAAAGUUUUAUAAAAAUUUGGUAGACAAGAAUUUCAACUUUAAAUGGUCACUAUGUUAUUUAGUAUUCAAUUCUGUGAAUAGGUUGACUCUAAAUAGUCAUUUUUAGCAGCCGUUUAAAAACAAUGAUAAUCUAGUCAUCUACAGAGUCUGUAUAACUCAAAAUAACUUGUUUGUAAAAGAAAAUUUGUCUGUGCACCCAGUAGUAGGCUCUUGAGUAUUCAUUAUAUGUCAGCAAAACAAAUUUUUCUUGGUUGAUGGAAGGUUAUUUUUCAGUUGUGUAGUUGAUUUAGGGUCUCAAUUUUAGUUAAUGAAAUACUUAGUUUUGACUUGUUUGUCCUUUUGAAUUGGUGUUUUAAUAAUGUUAUGAAAUGAGCACAAAGAAUGUUGAAAUUCAGAUUAAUUUCUUUUGAAGAAUGAAUUUUUUGGUAUAUGAUGAGCGGUUUAUAUCCUUUUUCCUUUUGUUAAUGAUAUUUGCAAUAUUGAUUAAGACAUGUAAAAUAAAACAUAUGCCUAACUA